GCGCAGUGCGCUUCCAUUCCAGUCAUAUGUUUUUAUUUUCGUGUUUGUGGUUUUUAUUAUUGGCAGAUUACAACAAAGAAAAAUAAAUUGAGAAGUGAUUGCAUUAAAACUUUAAAACUGUAAGGAUCCGAAAAAUCUUAAAAUGGGAGCAGUUUUAGGCCUUUGUUCAGCAGCUCAGCUGGCUUGUUGCUGUGGCAGUGCAGCUUGUUCUCUUUGCUGUUCAGCCUGUCCGUCAUGCAAAAACUCGACAUCGUCCCGCAUUAUGUACGCUCUAAUGCUACUACUCGGCACCAUUGCAGCCUGCAUUACUUUGGCACCUGGAUUACAGGAUGAGCUAAAAAAGGUACCGUUUUGUAAAAACAGUACAAGCGUAGGUGAGGCAGUGUUGCCAUCUUUCGAUUGCGAUAAAGCCGUUGGAUAUUUGGCCGUUUACAGGAUUUGCUUUGUUCUGACAUGCUUUUUCGUGCUAUUUGCCCUUAUGAUGAUUGGAGUAAAAUCUUCACGAGACGCUAGAGCUGGGAUACAAAAUGGAUUUUGGGGUAUAAAAUAUCUUCUAGUCAUCGGAGGUAUAAUCGGAGCAUUCUUCAUACCUGAAGGUAGUUUUGGAAUAACAUGGAUGUGGUUUGGUAUUAUAGGUGGUUUCCUGUUUAUUAUUAUUCAACUAAUAUUGAUUAUCGAUUUCGCCCAUUCGUGGGCGGAAGCUUGGGUGGGAAACUAUCAAGAAACUGAAUCCAAGGGUUGGCAUUAUGCCCUUAUCGGAGUCACAUUAUUAUGCUAUGCUUUGAGCCUUACAUGGAUUGUUUUGCUUUAUGUAUUUUUCACUACAUCUGAUACAUCCUCAUGCUCCCUGAACAAAUUCUUUAUAUCAAUAAACCUAAUAUUUUGCGUCAUUGUCAGUGCAAUUUCAAUCUUGCCUGCAGUCCAAGAUAAAUUGCCACGAUCUGGACUGUUACAAUCUUCAGUUGUUACUUUGUACGUGACAUACCUUACAUGGUCUUCCGUUUCCAAUUCACCAGGUGAUUGUAAUCCUGGUCUCUGGGGAAUUUUUGGCGGCAAAUCCAACGGACACCGAGAUUUCGAUAUAAUCGGUCUCGUAAUUUGGAUGUGCUGUGUCCUGUAUUCUUCCCUCAGAUCUGCUAGCAAGUCUUCGAAAUUGACCAUGUCGGAGAAUAUUUUGGCUCACGACAAUGGAGCUGUCAGAGGAUCUGGAUCGGACAAUCUAGUAGUUAACGAAGGUAACGAUGGCGGCGAGAGCGGCGGCGACGGCAAAAAAGUUUGGGACAAUGAAGACGACGCGGUGGCCUACAGUUGGAGCUUUUUCCAUGUGAUGUUCGCGCUGGCAACGUUGUACGUGAUGAUGACCUUGACGAAUUGGUACAAACCAAAUUCCAAUCUCAAUCAAAUGAACUACAGCUUGGCUUCGAUGUGGGUCAAAGAAAUAUCCAGCUGGUUGUGCUUGGCCUUGUACACUUGGUCAUUGGUCGCUCCAGUGUUGCUAAGGGACAGGGAAUUUUAAAUUUUCCAAUCUUCAAAUACUUACUCUUUGUGUACUGCAACUUGAACUUUUUGGCUUAGAAAUUUUAAUUAAUUAUGAUGUAAUAUUCGUUAAAUAUUAUAAUGUUGGUAAGCUUUUGCAAGAAAUCAUAAACCAGUUGACAUAAAUACUUAAACUCAUUUUGAACCAUAUUAUGUGUUGACUGUUGGCCAUUAUUAAUAUGAUUCAUUUGCUUGGACACAGUCAAUUAAAAUUGCUGUUUGUGAUUUCUACAGACUCAUAAUGCAAGCUCAUAAGUGGCCAGAAUAUUGUUUGUACACUCUGUACAACAUCAUAGACUUAUAAUAUGGUAAUGUAUUUUGUAUAUCCUAUGGUUUGUCUGCCAAUAAAAUGUAAAUACCUAUUCUUACUACUUUUGAUUGGCUCUAAAAUUCUUCUAUAGGAACAAAAUUAUUUAUAUAAGCUAGCUAUAGAUGUGUUGUGAUACUGAUAAAUUAGCAUAUUAUUAUAAUCUAAAAUAAAACUUGUGUUUAAAUUAUGCAUAUUUUUUAAUUAAAUUUUAAUUUCAUCUAAACCGUUUAGUCUAAAGGAAGUAUCUAAAUGACCUGUACAAGAAGCGCCACCCUUACAAGAGACCAUAUUUUUGAGUAAAUUUCUCAGGUAAGUUUUUUCAGUGGCUGUAAGAUGUUGGUAUCUAUUUUGUAACUCGAAUGGAUCUAAAAUUUAUAAAAAAAAAAGUUAUAGAAAGUAUUACAACAUAAAACUCUUCUUACCAAUCCGUAAAUUAUAAAACGUCACUAAUCCUGUAGUGAAUUCGCAAUACAAAAAAUUAUGCGUCAAAUUGAUAGUCCUAAGACACGAGUAAGUGUUGUUAUUGGCAUUCAUGCAAAAACAAAAAGGGCCUUCGGUCCAUUUUGGUGAGGUGCGCCAAUGGUCGUUGUUGUGUUCGAAACAGGUCAUCCUUUCGUGAUGGCAAACUUCUUCUUUUUUGCGUUGUUUUUUGAGUUUGAUUUUUUCUUCCGUUGAGGGUUCGUAAUCGGACAAGUCGUGGCUGAUUUCGUCGUUUUCGUUGUCACAAUAGCAGUAUUUGUACUCGUUUUUGUGACGGAGUAAUCCGGAACGUUUGGUUUUCAUC